CACCAAGCCGCGCCGCUUCGUCGAGUCGUAAUGCAGGCGACACCCGACAAUCUGUCGGUCAUCCACCACCGUUGACGCAAAAGAGCGCUCCAGUGAACAAGCUUGCUCAAACAUUUGCGGCACCAAAGGCUGAGUUAAAAAAAAGAAAAGCGAGAGGUUGCUCUAGCAACGGAAACUUCCGACGGGCCUUUCUAUCUAAGUGCAUCCCCGUCGAUAAGGCCGAACAAUGGCCGUUCACAAGACGCAACGCCAGCAGGUAUAAAUGUGGUGCUAGCCUAUGGGAAGCAGCGAUACAUUUAGUUGCGUCUCCUGCCGCAGUGCAUCACUGAAGCCGUACAAAAAGAAAUGAAGCUGACGGGGUCUGUCGUCUUUCUGGGUGUUGUUGUCGGAGCCUAUGGAGCAGUUUGGAACUCCAGACAUCAACAAAACCAAGAUGAAGACUGGGCAAAAAUACAUUACCGCAUAUGGGGGGAGAACCCUUGGGACUAUCCCGGUAACCCGCCACCUAUCUUUCCUCCGGAAGACUUCUGGCGCUACUCCCAGAUUGGUCGUUGGUGGAACCAGGAAAGGCCAUGGGAAAACCCUGCAAGGCCUUGGCGAGCUGCAUUCGCAGACAGCAAAGCUCUUUCAGAUGACGAUGCUAACGAAUACCGUCUCUGGGGCAAGUUUCCAUGGGAGCGCCCCGGAAACCCACCUCCUUUUGUUCCACCUGCCGACGUGAUGCCGUUCUCACAGAUUGGUCGCUCGUGGAGUCAGGACGAGAAUUCUGGAAGGCCUGAGAGGCCACUGACCAAGUUCCUGUCGGAAAAGAAAGAGGAGCAUUUGGACCAGAAAUCCACGCAGGAUAUUAACGAAGUACGCCAGAAGUUGGUUCCCUUGUUUGCACCAACACAGCGGAAACUCACAAGGGUGGCCCGCUUCAUUUCAAACGACAAGCCCUGGGAAAAACCGUGGAACCCGCCCCCCUUUCUUCCGGACCGCUAUCCUCCUCUGCAGUAAGUGAUCCACCUCGGUCACGCACACACAUUCCAUAGGAGACAACGGACGAUCUCACCUUACAGCGAUGGAAGGCGAUCAACAGCUUCGUUAUGCUGAUGUUUCGGGCCUGUGUGAUACAACGGCUCACCAACACACGAGCCCUGCCUCGCCACUCACGAGGAAACAUUCAAAACAAAAAUAAAUGUACAUAUUCGAUUUCGUCAAAA